UUUUGUUUGUGGUAAAACAAAUAGAAAAGGUGAAAGUGUUAGGGACUGUUUAAAUGAAUCGUGUAAACAAAGUCUGUGUUGACAAUGCCUUUUACUACGGUUUAAAAAGCGUUUCAGCGCGAGCAUAAAUUUUAUUACUAAAGCAAACAAAUGGAACUUGAGAAGUGUAGAUUGUGUACCUCUAAUGAAAAUUUAAUUGAAAUAUUCAGUGAGGAUGGACAUGCUCGCCGUCUCGCCCUGAAAAUCAACGAAUGCCUACCAGUCGUGGUGCAUCCAGGAGAUCGUCUUCCUAAGCUUAUAUGUGUGUCUUGCAGUAAUAAAGUGGAAGAAUUUUAUAACUUUUGGAGAGCAUGUGAAGAAGCCAAUUUGACCUUGGAUUCUGUAUGUAACUUGCAGGAAGAUCCAAAUCUUCAAUCUGAGCAGUCACUGAGAGUGAGUCAUCCUGCAGUUAUCGAAGGAUCUGAUGCUAAGACAGAUAAGGAAAAUGAAGAUCAACUGUGUGUGCCAGUUGAGCCAAAUGAUGUAAUGCAAGAACUGUGUGCACGAGCUGAAUCACCAGUUGAGCCUACGUUCAACAUUAAAGAGCCUCGCAUUGGAGAUUAUGUGUUAGUAAAGGAGGAAACAUUUGAACUAGCGAAGGACAAACAUUGCAAGGGUUCAAACAGUAAUGAGGAAAAGAUAAACCUGGAAUUCUCAGAGCAUGAGGCUGAAACUGAUAAGGAUAUUUUUGAAGUUCAGCAGAAAAGGAAAGAGAAACUGCCACAGAUGUGGGAUGUUUUUGAAAAGCAUGGUUCAAAUUCUAUGGUAACACACCGGCGAUACAUAAUCAGCAAGGCAGCAUUUUCUUGUUCAUUGUGUGGCCAGUGUUACAAACUCGCAGAAGCAUUAUCUGGAGACACUACUGACAAUAAUGGAGCUGGUGUUGAGUUCCGAACAUUUGCUUGUAGUAUAUGUGGCAAAGUUUUUCCUCGCCGAAGUUCUCUAAAACGACAUCUGUCAUUGCAUGGAGAUGUAAAACCAUUUCCUUGCCAUUUAUGUGGCCGAGCCUUUAACAGAAAGGAACAUUUGUCGAGACACACUCUUUCUCACACAGGUGGGAGGCCUUAUAAUUGUGACAUCUGUUCGAAACCAUUUACAAGAAAAGAACAUUUGGCAAGGCAUCGAAACAUUACUCAUUUUUCAGAACUGCAUCCUAAUAAAAUUUUUGUGACUGCAGGGUCUUCAACUGAAAAUAUUAAGAAGGAAUCAGAAGACAGUAGGACAGACCAGCCUUACAAGUGCAAUUUCUGUGGACAGUGUUUUUCUGAAGAUGAGCACCUUAUCAAACAUCAGGAAAAUGAACACUGGCAAGUGACAGCUAGUAGUAUGAAGGAGACCAUCUUGCGACCUUACAUUUGUACUGUGUGUCAUAAGAGAUUUACUCGCAAAGAACAUUUAGUCAGACAUCAUAAAAUCCAUGAGAAGCAUUAUACUAGUGUUCAGAGAACAGAUUUGUCUGUAUCCCUAAUGAAAAACCGUACAUUUUGCAUUGACAUGCAGGGAAUGGAAAUCAGAGGCUCAAGCAGCUGUCCUCUGCCGAAAGUUGCAAGUAUUGACACGGAAGACAUUUAGGCUAGUUUUCCCUAUUCUUCUCAACUAUCAUGAAGUAUGGACUGUUGCAGGGAGAGCACAUUCACUGAUUUUCUUUUAGAAUGAAUUAAAAAUUGCUGUUCAUUAUAAAUUUCAUCUUUUUAGUAACAUUUAAAUUAGAGCAAAGGUUCUGGUUGAUUGGAGGUUUUAGGUAGACAGAUUGAUUUGUGUGUUUGGAUAAUUGUCACAAUGCCUGUAGCCUAGCUUCAAGUACUGGUCUGGCAUACAGUUUUAAUUUGUCAUGAAAUUUUGUUAUUUUAAAACAGUUACCAGGUUAGAGAAGCAUGCAUCAGUUUAAGAUUAUUAUAACAUUUUCCCACUGUCCUCUAUCAUGUCAUAAGCAGUUGACCUUGUAUCCCGGACACUUUCCUUUCUCACAUAUACCUCAUACUUCUCACCUUAAUUACACUUUUCUCCCCCUCUCCAUCACACAUUGCUUACUCAAUCCCUACCUCCCCCUCCUCCCUUCUUCCAUUCCCUUCCUUCCUCCUUCCCUCCCCUUCCUCCUUCCUUCUUUCCUCUUUCCCCCUCCUUCUCCUCCCUCUUCCAUCUCUUUACAUUUCCUUCCCGACUCCCUCUCUCCCCAUAGUCCAUCCCUCAUUCCUUCCCUUCCUACCAAGCAAGGUGGGGCAUGGACUCUCAUUGGGAAGGACAAUGGCUCAAUAUGCAUCCAGCCAUCCAAAUUUAGGUUUUCUGUAUUCCCUAAAUCGCUCCAGGCAAAUGAUAAGAUGGCUCCUUUGAAAGGAUGCAGCCAAUUUCCUUCCCCAUCUUCGAAACAUUCAGAGUUUGUGCUCCAUCUUUAAUGACGUCUAUGUUGACUGCACAAUAACCACUAAUCUUCCUUCCUGUGUCCCGUACUGACUCCCCUACUCCACUCCCUCCAUUUCUCUCUCUCUCUCUCUCUCUCUCUCUCUCUCUGACAUACUCAACUACCACCAUCCUACACAUACCCUCUCUCUUCGAAACACCUCUCUCACCUCCCUGUAAUCAUACCUUCCUCGCUCCAGCUUUCUUCCCCAUUUCCUUUCUUCCAUUUUCCCUCUCUCCAUUACAGCUCCCCUCUUUCUCUCAGUUAAAUUUCCCAUCAUCCUUUACACUUUUUUCCUUCAGUUACACAUCUCAAAUUACGAUUUCAUUAAAGCACAUUGUGUGAACGAUUGAUUUAUUUUACUCAUGUGGCUCAGGCCCUUAUAGUGGACACCACUGUGAGUGUGAGGUGUGUAACUGUCUUGUAUCGGCAACUGUAAUGAUAAGUGUGUAGUGUAGUGUAGUGCUCACCCCUUAUACCCUCCUACUUCCACCACAGGGCCUAUACCCAUCCCAAGUACUCCAACCAUCUCCACUCUUCCCUCCUCUUAUUCUCCCACCUUCCUGUUGUUUCUUUCCCCUCCAUACUCCAUCUCUCAACCCCCUCCCUCCCUUUCCCUCUCCUCCUCCUCCUCCCCCCCCCCCCCCUCUCUCUCUCUCUCUCUCUCUCUCUCUCUCUCUCUCUCUCUCUCUCUCUCUGUCUGUCUGUCUCUCUCUGUGUGUAUUACUCCCAAUACCCCAGUUUAUAUUUGCAAUGAUAUGGCAUGCACAGUGUUAUUAUACAUUUGUUAUACUUCUUAUUCUUUAAACUGACAAAAUGUAGCAUAUGUAAAACUUAAUUUUCUUUUACCUGGAAGGUUUGUUCUCUUAGUUCUUUGUACUUGUCUGUAGAUAUACUUUUCAUUUCCUUUUGUAAUGAUCUUUAAUUGUUUGUAGCUUCUAUUCAAAUUUUGAAUGCUUAAUGUAUUUAGUGAAGUAAAUGUACUUGACUAUAUGCUUUCCAUAUUAAUUUGGCAAGGACUUGUAUUAAACAAAAUGUCUUCUUCAGUGUGUGUUUACCUUCUCAUUCUGCGCAUGUAAUGGCAGAAAAGACACACUGUGACAUAUCAGGGUGAAGUAAAUGUUAAAUUGGGACCAAAUUCAGUGUUGCAGCAUUGUGAACAAUUAUGUAUCUCAUGUAUGCAUGGGUGACCUCUAGCCCAUUGUAAUGUUGUAGUCUGAUUGGUUAUCUCUACAGAAAAUACAUGCCUACCUCAUUAAGGAGUGGUAAAUUUGCAUAGGUACGUUUAACGUAGAAAGGACUAUGUGGUUAAGAACAGAAGAAUAUAUUCAGUGUUAGGGGUAUUUCACUGCUUCAAUAUAGGGACUGAAGAUGCAGAAAUUGUAUUAUGCAUUUAAUUAUUAUUUAAAUGUUAUUUUUAUUGUUUGAUAGUUUAAAAAUGUUAUUGACUAGUUUUUGUAAUAGAAACUGUUGUGCAAUAUUGUCUGUAUGUAUGAAUUUUAUUGUUUGUUAGCAGAGAUGUAGUACUUUUGGUGUCUUGUGCAUUGUUAUUAGACCUGUGUCUUUCCAGUUCACUUCAAAGUUUCCUUCACCAAAAGCUCCAAAUUGAUCCUGCCACCAUCUUACUUUUGCUGUUCUCCGACAGACAGCGUCCUGUUUAAUGGUAUUAAAAUGUUUGUUGCCAGCAGCUCAAAUAUCCAUUAGUGUAGUGGAGUUUCAUGCCAUCUGUUUCCUAUGGACUUGUCAUACUUUUUUGUUUAAUAUUGCUUUUCUUUUUAGCUUGGAAUCUCACCUAGCUCACUGUGUAGAGAAUGUCACUCUAUUUUUAGAAAACAGAGUCAUGAUUGCUGAAAUUCAGCAUAUGUCAAUGUUUCAUUCCUAAAACUAAUAUAUUGGAUGAUGCAACACUUUUAUUGUAUCAUUUUCCACAUUAGAUUAAAAGAAAUAGUAAUCCCACAUUUGUGAUGACCUAGGCUACAGAAUGUAGGUGUAAGGAUAACACAUACAAUAGGUGUUAAUGUGAUCGUGACAACAAUUACUAUAUCUAUUGUGGCAAGUUCAAUGUAUUUAGUAUAUCAUGAAUACUGUUAAAAUGAGCUGCCAGCAUUCAUUUUUGAAAAUGUUUUGUUGAAGGUGUGAUUGAUAUUCAGUAACUUGCCCACUUUCAAGUGGCUGCACUUCAUUUUACUAGAUUGUCAGUAUUAACAACAUGUUGUAUGCUGUUGUGUUGCAGUGCGAGUUUGGUAACCUCUCAGUUUGGAGACACACACACACACACACACACACACACACACACACACACACACACACACACACACACACACACACUGUUUGUGACAAAGAACAUCAGAAUGCUACUAGUCACUUCACAGAGCAGUUAACAUGUGCUUUACAAACAAUAUUUUAUAAACUUUUAUAAUUUGAGGAAUUAUGUCACUGUAGAGUUUCAUGAAUUGGUGACGGUACUUUCUGUAUUUGACUUUGACUUUGUUUCAUAGUGUUACUAUUUAUUAAAAUAUAUAUUUUGUAU